GGACGGUCAUGCAGGUUCUACCACAAUGUGCAGAAGAUGCGGGACCAGCAGACUCUCCAGUGGGUCCAUGGGCUGCGUGAAGCUUGGGACAUCGAAGACCUGGUGACUCUGGGCAAACGCCUCCGGGCCUGCUCCUACUACGCCGCCCGGGAGCUCAUGCAGGGCGCCUACAUCAUCUUCUGUCCGUAUAACUACCUGCUGGACCCCAUGAUCAGAGAGAGCAUGGAGAUCGACCUGGCAGGUCAGAUCCUGGUUCUGGAUGAGGCCCAUAACAUCGAGGACUGCGCCAGAGAAAGCGCCAGCUACACCUUAGACCUCCACAGCCUGCAGGCAUCCAGAGACGAGCUGGACGGCAUGGUCAGCAGCAACAUCAGACGCUCCAAGCACGAGCCCCUCAGGGACUUCUGCUACGUCCUCAUCAACUGGAUCCAGGACAGCCAGGAUCUCCUAUCGGAACGUGGCUUCGAGAGCGCCAGCAAAGUCUGGAGUGGAAAGGAUAUAGUGAGCAUCUUCCACAGUCUGGGCAUCACCGCCGACACCUUUACCAACAUGAAGCAACACCUGGCAGCCGUGCUGGAGAAGGAGGAGCGUGUUGGUUUGGCCGGCGGGCGGGAGGACACGGUGCAGGUCCAGGUCAUUAGCUCGUCUACGGCCACCGUCCUGAAAAACCUCUUCAUGGUGCUGGAUUAUCUCCUGAGGGACAACAGCCGGUUUGCUGAGGAUUACCGUGUCGCACUGCAGAGGACCUACGCAUGGACCAACCAGGCCCCGCCUGACGUCCCUGAUGCCCAGGGCUUUGUGGCCCGGCCCCGCUUCAGACACCGGCAGAGCAUCCGGGUCAAGAAGGAGCUCCUGACUCUGAGUUUCUGGUGCCUCAACCCUGCUGUGGUCUGGGUGGGCACGGUUGGCGCCGGACCCCAGGGCCGUAAACUGUGCGCCACCUUUCAGCACGCUGAAACCUUCGCCUUCCAGGAUGAGGUUGGCGCUCUGCUGCUGCACGUCUGCCGGGUCAUGGCCAAAGGCGUGCUCUGCUUCCUGCCGUCCUACAAGCUGUUCUGA